AUGAAGGCAUAUGCUGAUGGAAAAAGAAGAGCUGUUCAGUUUGAUGUGGGAGAUCUAGUUUACUUAAAACUCCAACAAUAUCGUCUCAAAUCCCUAGCCAGAAGAACCAACGAAAAACUCAGCCCUAGAUUCUAUGGACCAUAUGAGGUGAUUGAGAAAAUUGGCCCUGUGGCUUACCGUUUGAAAUUUCCAGACACGGCUUGCAUCCAUAACGUCUUCCACGUAUCUCAGUUGGAAAAGAUCACUUUGCAUCCAGUUGCUGCACUUCCUCUUCCUCAGUUCCUGGAUGGUGAUAUGUUGACGAGCGUAAGCUUGAAUGAAAAAACAUACAGUUUUUUCACACCUGCAGAUCAACGUCUCAACGAUAUUGUCGGGAGUGCGUAUUAUGUUGCACCUGAAGUUCUUCACAGAAUGUAUAGCGUUGAAGCAGAUAUGUGGAGUAUUGGUGUCAUAACGUAUAUAUUGUUAUGUGGAAGCAGACCUUUCUGGGCCCGGACUGAAUCUGGAAUCUUUCGUUCAGUGCUUCGAGCUGAUCCUAACUUUAGUGAUUCACCUUGGCCUGCUGUAUCACCAGAAGCCAAAGAUUUUACACGAAGGCUUCUGAGCAAGGACCCCAGGAAAAGAAUGACUGCGGCCCAAUGUCUAACUCAUCGAUGGUUACGAGAUGAAAAUUGUGCUGGCCCUUUGGACAUCUUGAUAUACAAGUUAGUCAAGUCUUACCUUCGUGCCACACCUUUUAAACAUGCAGCAUUAAAGGCUCUUUCAAAAGCUUUAACAGAAGACGAGCUAAUAUAUCUUAGGGCACAGUUUAGGCUUUUGGAACCUAAAACUGGUCGUGUCUCUCUUAGUAAUUUUAAAGCGGCUCUAAUGAGAAAUGUAACUGAUGCCAUGAUGGAUGCAAGGGUUUUUGAAAUUUUUGAUUUGAUGGAUCCUCUUGCAUAUAAAGAUAUGGAAUUCGAAGAGUUUUGUGCUGCUGCUAUUAGUGUAUAUCAGCUCGAGGCUAUUGAGGAAUGGGAAACAAUUGCAAGUACAGCCUUUGAAUAUUUUGAACAAGAAGGAAAUCGACCCAUUUCGGUUGAGGAAUUGGCUCUGGAAAUGAAUGUGGCUCCUGCAGCUUAUUCUGUGUUUAACGACUGUAUCAGAAAUUCAGAUGGGAAGCUGAGUUACAUUGGAUAUACUAAAUUUUUACAUGGUGUGACGAUACGGAAUACCAAUACAAGGCGCAGGCAACAAUGAUAGAAUUUAUUGGCAGAAAUUUUAUGAAAAGGUAUUUUUCAUUUAUAUUUUAUGAAUUCAGAGAAAGAAGCGUGUACAUGAAAUGUCUAAAAGAUAUAUAUAUAUAUAUAAUUCAUUUAAUUUCCACUGAAAUGCUAUACCAUGUGAUUUCUGAGUCAAAUGUGCAUAAUACAAUAGAGUAUAACUCAGAAUUCUUGUUGUAGCUUUUUGUUGUAAUAAGCAGGUUAUUAGAUCUUUGCAUCAACAUUGGAUCCACUACAACUUCAAAUUAGAUAAUUAUUAAAUUAUCCAAAAUAGGUAUCUAUUUGAGUUGUCAAGAUUCAAACACCUUUUUGUCUAUCAAAAUGUGGAACAAAUAUUGAUCUAUGCUC